AUGCAUAUCAACUACAAAUUAAUUAUAACCGGGUUAGUAUCCAUCGCAUUGGCUACUUCAAUCACCCUUGCCGUCAUAUACUUGCCUAACCGCUCUUGUCCAGGAAACAAUGGCGUUGGCGGUGGAUCUGGUGAUAAUAACAGUGGCAUAAUUCCAAAUGAUCCACACCCCUGUUGUAACAAUCUUAGACAAAAACCCCAAUACCAAACCAAGCCAGAAAAUGAACUAGUCAAUGAUGAUAGAGAUUUGAACUUUAAUAAGAUCAGAGGUGGCAAGCAAAUCAUCACCUUUACUGUCCCUUCCAUAGAUGAUCUCAAGAAUAAAAGAUUAUCCGACUCUGAAUUCAUUUUAUCAGAAAAGGCAAAUCCAUUGAUUUCCUCCGGCGACAGUAAAAACGUUAUUGUAUUCGAAGUAAAAAACGAUAAUGAGAAGUUAAUGGGUAGUGUUGAAGUUGGUCAAUGGGAAGUUACUAUCACCACAUCAUGCAUCAGACGUAUCGUUAUUUUCGAUUCCAAUGAAGUUUCAGAUAACAUUCCCAUGUAUAUAUAUAUCGUGGACUACUUUGAAGGAGGUAAUAGCACUGUUUCAAAAUUCUUUUUCGCGAAUAAUAGAUGGAACGCUGAUUUCACCAAUCACACACCUAAUGCUGCUUAA